UACCGGCAGCAGUCCCCCCACGGAUUUCUCGGUCAGCAGCAAGUCGACGUGAUCUUGGAAAGAGAGGAUAUCGUUCCCUAGAAAAUAAGAUGGCAACCGUUCCUCCAAAGUAUGAUGAUCUGGGAAAGGAAUCUAGGGAUGUUUUUGGAAARGGAUAUGGACCUGGAUUUGUUAAACUAGAUGUUAAAACUACAACAAAGAAAGGAGUGGAGUUUAAAACCAAUGGCUCAUCUAAUAAUGAGACUGGCAAGAUCUUUGGUAGUCUAGACACCAAGUAUAAGUGCAAGGAUUAUGGUAUAACUCUUACUGAGAAGUGGACCACAGAUAAUGUUCUCAGCUCUGAUAUCACUGUUGAAGACCAGAUUGCCAAAGGAUUAAAGAUGGAAUUUGAUACUUCAUUUGCCCCCAACACUGGCAAGAAGUCAGCCAAGAUCAAGAGUGCUUAUAAGAGAGAUCAUUUCCAUGGUACUGCUGAUGUGGACUUUGAUUUUGCUGGACCAACUGUCCAGGCAUCUGGGGUAGUAAGUUAUGAAGGAUGGGUAGCUGGCUAUCAGGCAGCUUAUGACACUUCCAAGUCUAAAUUGAUAGCAAACAACUUCUCUUUGGGUUAUCGAUCAGAUGAUUUCCAGGUUCAUUCAGCUGUAAAUGAUGCAUCAAGAUUUUCAGGAUCAAUCUAUCACCAGAUCAGUAAAAAUCUUGAGGCUGCAGCACAGYUGAACUGGACAACUGGUAACAGCAACACCACAUUCCAGGUUGGUUGUAAAUAUGAUCUGGACAAAGAUACAUGUGUUAGGGCCAAGGUAAAUAACAGCAGUCAUUUAGGGUUAGCUUAUACACAGAAGCUGCGUCCAGGCAUCAARGCAACACUGUCAGCCCAUGUUGACACCAAAAACCUCAACAGUGGAGGUCACAAGCUUGGUCUUGGAAUUGACAUGGAAGCUUAGGUUUUUACAUUCAARCUAYAAGUGUUACCAGUAGUACACUUACCAUUGAAUCAUUAAACCUUUUGAGCAAAAUGCUUUUCAAUUUUCCAAUGUCAGUCCUGACCUGUUAAUAUAAAUGUUAACAGUGCAGUGUAGUGGCAUCUUGCUGUACUAGAUUGAGGAUAAUGUGUGUAAUAUGGUGUUUAUUAUUAUCUAAACAGUUUGUUCUUUAUUUGGUCUACUCAAUAAAUGCUAAAAAAACUAUAAA